AUUCACCCGUAACUGGUCUCCAAGCUCGAAAGCAACGAAAAUAGAUUGGGAGAAGGGAUAAGCUUACACGCUCUUCCACACAAAGAUAUACGGGCAGUGGACGCUCUUCUCUUCCUUUCGAGUUUUGAUCACUACGCCAUAAUGGAUCAGCUAAAAAACGAUGCUUUCUAUAAUCAGUCCAUGCAAAUACAAGUCCCAAAUCCUCCCUUCACUGAUUUCCAUCAACAGCAACCACUGCCUUCUGUCUCUCAUCCCAGGUCCAGUCAAAGGCCAGAAUCAGAAGUCAAGGAUUGUGCAGCUGCAAGAAAAAUUCAGAAGGCUGAUCGUGAGAAAUUGAGGAGAGAUCGGCUAAAUGAGCACUUUAUUGAGUUGGGAAAUGCGCUAGAUCCUGAUAGACCCAAAAAUGACAAAGCAACCAUUCUGGCGGAUACAAUACAGUUGUUGAAGGAUUUGACAUCUCAAGUCAACAAACUUAAGGCAGAGUAUGCUACAUUGACUGAAGAAUCACGUGAGUUGACACAAGAGAAAAAUGACCUUAGAGAAGAGAAGGCAUCUCUCAAAUCCGACAUUGAGAAUCUUAAUAUCCAAUAUCAGCAAAGACUCAGGACUAUGUACCCAUGGAUUGCUAUGGAUCACUCAGUUGUCAUGGCCCCAACUUCUUGUCCCUUCCCCAUGCCAGUGACAUUGCCUCCAGGGCCAAUUCCUUUGCAUCCAUCCAUGCAAGCAUACCCCUUCUAUGGAAAUCAGAAUCCUGCAGUAAUCCAUAAUCCCUGUUCAACUUUUGUCCCAUUUAUGACUCCUAAUACCUUGGUUGAUCAGCAGUCCACUCAACAUGCAUCUUCACUUGCACAGCCUGCCAGUGGAUCCCACGUUUCGGGCAAACAAGAUUCCAAGAAUAAAUCAUCAGGGGAGAGCAAGAUUGGAAAAAGUUUGGACUGUAAUGAUGAUGUUACAACAGAACUGGAGUUGAAGACUCCAGGUUCUACAACAGAUCAGGAUUUAUCUUCAGGACAAAGAAAAUCCAAAAAAUCUCAGGGGAAGGAAAAUAGUGUUACAGGAGGGAGUUCUUCAAGUAGGUGUUCUUCAUCUCGUAGUGUCCAGGAUAGCUCAUCUAAUAGCAUGACUGGUAGCACAAAAGCUGAUGAUUUAGGCCGGUGAAAGAAUUUGCUAACAAACGGAAGCCAAGUUGUUCCGAAUUUGUGCUUAUCAUUUGUUUUAUCUGUCUUCUCUCCUAGGAUCGUGCAGUCACUUUAGUCUUUAGUUUUUCCUCAAAUUAAAUCAAUCGUUAUGUGGUGAAGGCAGGGUGUGUCUGCUAAUAUAGGCUAAUCUAGUCUAUUAUGAUGGACAUUUCUCUGCAUGAAUGCUGUGAGGGAUGUUGGUCACUGGUCAGGAUCGUCAUUAAUAUUUGCUUUCAUGGACCAGAAAGAUGCUUUAAGUGCAGUUAAAUGCUAGAUUUAAAUGAGAUCUAUUUGGUUGCAGGAAGACAAGGCCGUAAUUAGUUUUUUUCCACAGUAGAUUAAUGUGAAGUGUGGAGCCUGUUAUGAAUAACAUUUAAAGAGCACAGUGGUUAUAUAUAUAUAUAUAUAUAUAUAUAUAUAUAUAUAUAUAUAUAUAUAUAUAUAUCUGUGUGUGUGUGUAUUAGAAACAAUCCUUUUGUACAAAUCCCACAAUCACAGAUGAAAACGGCAAAGCAGCGUGACUCUAGAGGGUGAAUAAAGGAGAGGUUAGAUAUCAUAGGUUGAUACGUAAAUUUGUCUGUCGGUUUUCAUUUGAUGUAGCAUUGCACUCGGAAAAAAUCUUGGGCAUAUUUCUCUAAUAUUGUACCUUGUUUGCAUGUGCA